AUGGCGUCUGCCACCAUCACAUCCACCAAAGCCCUGGUCCUCCACGGCGCCAAAGACCUCCGCCUGGAAACCAGAGAUGCACCAGCACCUACAGGAAACGAAGUCCAAGUCGCCAUCCGCGCCACGGGCCUCUGCGGCUCUGACCUGCACUACUACACCCACGGCCGCAACGGCGACUUUGUCGUGCGCUCGCCCAUGGCCCUAGGCCACGAGUCUUCUGGAGUCGUCACAGCCACUGGACCCGACGUGAAAACACUAAAGACUGGCGACCGCGUCGCCCUCGAAGUCGGCCUUCCAUGUCGAACAUGCCUGUUCUGCGCGUCCGACCGCUACAAUCUCUGCUCCAACAUGCGGUUUCGCUCCAGCGCAAAAGUGUUUCCGCAUCUGGACGGCACGCUCAUGGAAUACACGAACCAUCCCGAAGACAUGUGCCAUGCGCUACCAGACUCUGUCUCGUUCACAGGCGGUGCCCUCGCUGAACCUCUGGCUGUCUGUCUCCACGCAAUCCGCCGCUCACACCCGCCCACCAGCGACGAAGCCGCCAUCGCCAAAUCGCUGGGCGAAGAGAGCGCCGCGCUGAUCUUCGGCGCGGGCGCGAUUGGCCUGCUGCUCGCUGCGGCGCUGGCCACAUCGCAGCAUUUCUCGUCGAUUGUGGUUGCUGAUAUCGACGGUGCGCGGCUCAAGGUCGCCGAGUCGCUGGGGCUGGGCCUCAGGACUACCCUGAUUGAGCGCUCGGCGACCCCGCCGCCGCCCAAGGAUGCUCCGCAGGCUGAGCAGACGGCGUACGCGCUGGCGACAGCACAGGAGACGGCGAAGAAAUUGCAAGAGGCGCACGCGGUGAGUGGUGGGUUUGCGCGGGUGUAUGAUUGUACGGGGGUGCCGGCGUGUGUGCAGGCGGGAAUCUAUGCGUCGGCGCCGGGGGGUGUCGUGGUGCAGAUUGGUAUGGGGUCGCCGGUGCAGACGCUGCCCGUGGGAGCUGCUGCGUUGAGAGAGGUUGAUUUGAUCGGCGUGUUUCGCUAUGAUAGGCAUGCGUAUCCUACAGCCAUAAAAGUGCUGGAGACGGAUGUGUUCAAGAGGGUGGAGGAGAAGGUCGUGACGCAUCGCGUCAAGCUGGCCGAAGAAGGCCAGGGAGACAGGGCUUUUGGCCUGGCGGGCAAAGGAGUCGAUGAGAAUGGCGUGCCUGUGGUCAAGGUGGUGAUUGAGGGCUGA